GAGAGACGCGGAGUUGGGUGAGCAGUCGUGGGAGCGCAAUGUUCACAUGUAGUCUGCAACUUACGGCUUCUGCAGCACCACUGCACACAGACCAGCACUGCUUUCCUGAAGUAUAACUCGAUAAAGAUCUUCUCAUCCGUUCAUUUCUUUCCCUGACAGAGAUGGAUAGAACCGGCGUAAGAAGUCAAAAAUAAGGAUACAUCAUCCGAAUGCUGGGUACGUUCAUGUCAUCUGCAGUUUUAGGUGACUGCAACAAUUAACUAAGGCGAAUCCCUAAUGCGUUUAUUGCAGAAGAAAUGGAGAACUUAGAAUGUGUUUUUUUUUAUUUCCUCUGUCCUCCGUGAAUUAAAUUCAAUACGUGGUUAAAGUUUUGUACUUUGAUACUGGCUAAAAGAUUAAAAGCACAUCCACAGAGAUUUGACCUUCUGUCAUUUAUGUAUUUGGGCCAUUAGGCUUUGGAAAAUGGCGUUUUUGCUACCCCUGGACUUCCAGAAUAACUUUCUGUGUGUCAGAUAUUUUUCUUUUUCUUUUCACCCCGGUUUCUCAUAUUUACUGACAGACUAAACUGCUGACCAACUAAAAACGGGCAAAAUGGACAUGCGCCAUAACAUAUCAAGCUACGAGACAGAGAUGUAUCCUCUGGCUACCGGUUUAUGGCUGACGCUGCUCUUGGCCAUAAUCUUUAUCACCAUCACCAUUGUGUUGGGUAACCUGCUGGUGAUCACGGCCAUUGCCCACAAUGCCUCGCUGCAGACCACCACCAACAUCUUCAUCACGUCACUUGCCUGCGCCGACCUUAUUGUCGGUGUGGUGGUAGUGCCCCCCGGGGCCGCCAUACUGCUGGGGGGGGAGUGGCCCCUAAGCAGGAUGGCCUGUGAUCUCUGGACAUCGGUGGACGUGCUGUGCGUGACGGCCAGCAUCGAGACGCUGUGCGUCAUUGCUGUGGACCGCUACGUGGCCAUCACGCGGCCGCUCCGCCACAAAGCCCUGCUGAGUAAGCGGCGAGCCCGGCUAGCUGUAUGCGCUGUCUGGCUUGUGUCGGCACUCAUCUCCUUUGUGCCAAUCAUGGGCCAGAUGUGGCGUGAUGCCGAAGACACUGAGGCGAAACGUUGCUAUGACAACUCGACCUGCUGCGACUUCAUCACCACCAAGCCUUAUGCCAUUGGCUCCUCCGUGAUCUCCUUCUACGUCCCCCUGCUGGUCAUGACCUUCCUCUACGUCCACGUCUUCCUCGUGGCCAGCCGGCAGGUACGCCUCAUACGGAGGAGCCAGCAGCGGUUCCGGGAGAAGUUCGCGUCAGAGGCCCCGUCUGAGAUGGCGUGGCACGGCGAGGCGGAACAGGGCAGGAGCAAGAGGAGGUCAACCCACCUGGUGGCGGUGGGAGAGCACCGGGCGCUGAAGACGCUGGGCAUUAUCAUCGGCACCUUCACCCUGUGCUGGCUGCCCUUCUUUGUGGCCAAUGUGGUUAGCGUCUACAAACGCAAAGUGCUGUCCAUUCUGACCUUCCGCCUACUCAACUGGAUGGGCUACCUCAACUCGGGGCUCAACCCCAUCAUUUACUGCCACAGUCCUGAGUACCAUGCUGCCUUCCGGAGCCUGCUGCUGGGGCCCUGGCUACCAUCCGCCACACUUUACAAAGGCCUCAGAUCCUGGUGCCCCUGCUCCCCGGGUCCCAAAGAGAUAGGGGCCCCCAGGGGGGGGCUUCUGCCAGAGCCGCCUGCUGUCUGACCGUGGCUGAUGAUGAUUUAGGACCUCCGCAGGACUCACGGGGAAGUUUGCAGGACAAGACACCUGCAAGCCAACUGACUGUCCUGGAUACCCUGACACCACCAUGGACCUACCAAAGUGCAUUCUGAUUGGGCAUCUCAGCGCUGCUGAUGAUGUUUCUUACCAACCAACGCCCCAGGCCCCUAUCACCAGCUGAUAGCACUUCCAUAGUGCGCUGGCUGAUACCGCCCUCUAGUGGCCACAGUCUCACACUCUCUCAUCAUGCUCAACACAGUCUCAAGAGAUUUUUUUUAUCAGCUGGUGGUACAAUAUGGACGACCGACG